AUGUCUUCAAUAUCCGCCCUCUGCACGGCCCUCCAGACCUCCACCGCGCGGCUCGUCGAUGGCCUGCGCAACUUCGUCACGUAUUACCCGCAGGCGCGCCUGGACCUGGCCGCUCUGUCGCGCGAGCUGGCGGAGCUGCAGAUGGUUGCGAGGCUGCUGCACCACAACGCCAGCGCUCUUGACGAUGGCGGUGCGGCUCUGCCACGGAGGCUGGAUGAGGCCCUGAAGGGUGUUGUUAGCGAGGCGGGGGAAUUGCUCGAGGAGGCGGAUGAUGCGUUGGAUACGGGGAGGACGGCGGAGGAGAGGACGCCGUCGUGGUUGGAGCAUACGGCGGAGAGACUAUCGCCGUUCGCAAAGCUGCUCGAGGGUUUGAGAAGCGCAAUGAGUCUGGGAUUGGAUUGCGUGUUAUUGGCGAUCAAUUCUCAGCCUCAUGAUGGCGAGAGAGAACUUCCCGGCUACAGCAGCUCUCAGAUUCUCCAAGAAGCUUCAACUCUACGCUCGCAAUUCCUUCAAGAGCCCGACAGCGAAGACCACCGCUUUGAGAGCCAGCGAACAGUUCUCGCCGAGUUCAUCGACGCUACUCAAGAUUUCGUCUCACAAAGCUCUUCUGCUGUUCCUCCGCCUCCACCAGUCGAUGACACAGAAACCAGAACCAACAACAACAGCAACAGCAGCAUUGGUAAUGCCGAAACAAUCGCCUCUUCUCCCCACUCAGAGACGAAUGAACCUCCCAUCCCGGACUACAACGCCAUCGGCAUAACCUCACAGACCCCACUGCGCAUCUCCCUCCGCCACCUCGCCAAGAAGGAGCUUUCUAACCAUGAAGUCAUCGAGACGGCCUAUCUCUCGCGCCACGGCGCACCCACCAUCGCCAUCUCAACCCUCGAGUCCCCCACGCGCUUCUACGACACGAGCGCCAACCAGGUCUCGUGCUUGCAGAACCAACACGGCGUGAACAUGCUCUUCUCGCGCAACGGUCGCCAGUGGGCGUAUCUUAGCGAGGAGGACGGGAAGGGUCUCAAUGCGGCGAACCACGAUGGCAUUAACUUUAAGAAACCGGUUGUCUACCUGGGCGACUACAUCAACGGUCGUAAAGUCCCCGCCGUGAAGUGGCCAGGCGCAAAACCGCUGGCGUUCUCGGAGGAUGGCAAUUGGCUCGCGGUGGGAAGUACCCGCGGUCGCGUAGGACUCAUGGACUGCAGUCCCAACAUCAACAAAGCCUCUGUCGUAAUUCCCUGCCAUCUCGACGAAGUUACCCACGCUGUUUUCACACCCAACAGCAACUUUUUAAUAACACAGUCGCGCGACGGCACGAUCCGCAUCACGGAUGUAGUAUCUCGAGCAUCCAUCGCCAAGCUCGAGACGGAUACCUGGAAGAAGCCGCUCUUCCUGGGGACGUCGCCCGAUGGCGAAGUCAUCGUCUCGCUGUGGGGCGACACGGUGUUCCAUUGGAACCACGGGACCGCAGCGCUGGAGUCGUACAAUCUCAGCGGCCGACGGACGCGCGAGGGCUGGCCCAUCGCCGUGUCUGCCGACUGCCGCUUCCUGUGCUGCCGGACGGACGACGGGGUGGAUGUGAGUGAUUUGUAUUCCGGACGGGUGCUGUACACUAUCAAGUUCCAGAGCGGGUUUGUCACGGCGGCGUCGUUUAGCUGGGAUGGGAAAUAUCUGAUACUGGGAAAAGCGGCGUCGUAUAUGGGACUGAAGAUGGGCACGUCGACUUUAGACGUGUGGGAACUUGUAUUCUAG